CCUCCGGUCCUCCCUUGCCGGCGGGGGCCGGGAGGUGGGCCUCCUCGAGAAGGCGGGUGCUGGGGGAGCCUCCGGCGUCGCCGCGCAGGUGGUGGCAAGCCCAGCUGAUCUCAUCAAGGUAAGGAUGCAAGCAGACAGCAGAUUGUUGGCCCAAGGCAUCCAACCUCGGUAUACAGGGAUCUUAGACGCCUUCACGAAAAUCACCCGUGCAGAAGGUCUGUUAGGACUUUGGAAGGGGGUUGGUCCUAAUGCCCAGCGAGCAUUUCUUGUCAACAUGGGCGAGUUGACCUGCUAUGACCAGGCAAAGCAUUUCAUCAUCCGCAAGCAGAUCAGCGACGAUAACUUGUAUGCUCACACACUAGCCUCUGUUGCCUCUGGUCUGUGUGCGACUACAUUGAGCUGCCCAGCGGAUGUGAUCAAAACCAGGAUGAUGAACCAGGGCCUGGAGGCGAAGGCUCUAUACAGGAAUUCUUAUGAUUGUUUGGUCAAGACCGUCAAACAUGAGGGCCUGACAGCAUUGUGGAAGGGCUUCUUACCUACAUGGGCCAGGCUUGGCCCCUGGCAGUUUGUGUUCUGGGUUUCCUACGAAAAACUCCGACAAGCAUCAGGUAUUUCUUCGUUCUGAUAGUGCUGGCUGAGUUUUCAUGCAAGAGGCAUACGGAUCAAAGACACUGUUAUUUCUGAACCUUUAGGCUGUGGCUACGUAUUACUGUGCCCUUGUGCAUUUACGUUUAAAUUGGGCCUGAACUCUGUAUAUCUGAUGGUGCAGCAGCCAGCGCAUAGAUUUGUCAUCCCUUACAAAUCACAUUUUCUCAUGCUCUUCCUUUUGGGUGCUAUUUAUGCACUCCCUGUUCAGACAAGAAUUCGAAAGCUCGCCCUUUUGUGUUCA